UCAAAAUGUUCUCCCAUUUGGGUUCUUCCCUCUAACUCCUUUUCAUUUUCUUUUCCUUCCUCUCUCAAUUUUUGCUUCUGGGUUUCCGAUUUCCUUGCUCUCAAUCACUAUGGCUGUGGCUAUGGCUUCUUGGACCUCUGGGCUUCACUCCAAUCGCAGUUCUUGGACCCUCAAAUCCUCUGAACCCCGUUUUGCUAAUGGGGUUUUCACCAAGGGUUCCAUCGCUUUUCAGACUAAAUGUUUCUGCCUACUUCAGAGCCGAAGAUGGUGUUCUUCCACCAUGAAGAGCAUUCCACGAGCUUCAUCAGCUACAGCUGUUCAGGAGGAUGGAAGUAACGGUGAUACUGAUACAAUUCCAACGCCCAUAGUUAUAAUAGACCAGGACUCUGAUGAAGAUGCAACUGUGGUGGAAAUAACCUUCGGCGAUCGGCUUGGAGCUCUUCUCGACACGAUGAAUGCUCUGAAAAACCUGGGGCUGAAUGUUGUGAAGGCGAAUGUCUUUUUGGAUUCUUCUGGAAAACACAACAGAUUUUCCAUCACGAGGGCAGAUACUGGAAGGAAGGUAGAUGAUCCAGAGUUGUUAGAGGCAAUUCGUUUGACAAUUAUAAGCAACUUGAUUGAGUAUCAUCCGGAAUCAAGUGCUCAGUUAGCAAUGGGAGCUGCCUUUGGGGUUCUGCCACCAAAACAAGAGGUUGAUGUGGACGUUGCUACGCACAUAAGCAUACGAGAUGACGGUCCUGACCGAAGCUUACUGUAUGUGGAGACAGCUGACCGACCGGGAUUAUUGGUCGAUCUUGUGAAGAUCAUCACUGACAUAAACGUCGCAGUCGGAUCUGGAGAAUUCGACACCGAGGGAUUGUUGGCUAAGACCAAGUUUCAUGUGAGCUAUAGGGGCAAAGCCCUGAUCAAACCUCUUCAGCAGGUUAUAUCAAAUAGUUUACGAUAUUUCUUGAGGCGACCGACAACAGAGGAGGCGAGUUUUUAAGCCGUCGUCAGGUAAACCGAAACCAGGAUAUUAAACUUGCAGAAAUAUUGUGUAUUUAGACUGUACCAUGUACGCCCUGUUGUUGUUGUUGCUGCUGCUGCUGCAGCAGCAGCAUACGCAAGAAAUACGCAAGAAAUGUACGAGCGUGUUGUUUAAUACUAAAUGAGUACUUUUAUUUGCAAAUCUAUUAAAAACACCCGGAUCGGAUCGGAUCGGGGUGGAGAGUAUAUGAA